AUGGCAGUGGCACGCCUCAAGGCGCAAAUCCUCCAAGCGAAAAUUCACCCGGUCGGUCUGCCAUGGAGCGCUUUCAUGCCCGAAGGCUCUCUGUCUGCAAUCCUCGACAUUCAAACCGUGACCGAUGCCCUGGCUGAUCCCACAUUCAACAUUCCACCGCACAAGCGUGACGAUGCUGCAAAUAUUGUCGUCGAACAAGGCAUGAAAGUCUUCUCAAUAUUGUUGGAGCUGAAUUGCGAGAGAUAUCUCUCCGAUUGCAUCGAAAACAAUUGCUUGGAUUCCAGCCUGACAAUAUCGGAAACCGUCCUGGCCGACAUAUUCCCAGAGGUGGCUGCACACUUCUACCGACUUCAAUUCCAGUACAAAGCGUAUAUCCUCCAAAGCAGCACCUUUCACAGGAACCUCCAAGAUAUGCAUGUUCUCCCAUACGUUAAGCAGGAAAGGAUUGGUGGGGGUGGCUUUUCUACAGUCUACGCAGUUGACAUCCAUCCUGCUCACCAGCGUCUUGUUCGGCCAUCGAAGAAUUCAGGGGUGGUAAGAGCCGUUAGGAAGGAGCUGGACCCUGAUGCACAAGACAAGUCCGCGGAGGCCGAGUUGCUUUUCGUUCUCAGAAGCCUGAGACACCCGAAUAUCGUUGAGUUAUUGACUUGUUACACCCACCAUGGCGUUACCAACCUUCUGUUCUUCCCUGCUGAUUCGGAUCUCCACGUUCUGCUCCUGAGCCCAAGUCGACCUGAACACUUUCAAUCUGACUUCACAUUCUUCAAUGCUAUGAAAGGGCUGGUGAGCGGCUUAUCGUUCCUCCACAACUUUCGUCCAAGACCAGAGCAAUCCAGCGGUUGGAAUCAGGCUACCAUGCACGGAUAUCAUCACGACAUAAAGCCAAGAAAUGUCCUGGUUCGUGGGCCUGACUUUAUACUGGCUGAUUUCGGCACGGCGAAGCUAAAGGACGUGCUGGAAGAGACCAGCACUUGUUGGAAGAACACUACAUAUGAAUAUGGUGGUCCCGAAUGUAGGGAUCCGAAGUCGUGGGUUCACGGUCUCGUGAGCCGAGCCAAUGAUAUAUGGUCUUUCAGCUGCGUCUCGGCGGAAGUUGCAGUUUACAUGGUCAAAGGAAAGGAUGGGGUCUUGGAGUUUCGACAGGCUCGAGUACACAACGGCGAGUAUGGACCCGAGCGGUGCUUUCAUGAUGGAGGUUCAUUGAGCCCCGGCACUGACAGCUAUCUUCAAUCGAUUGCGAAUGCGGACCACUUUUCCUGCAUGGGGGAACUGCUUCAGCUACUGAGGAAUGCCUUCCAACCCAAACCUGAGAGUCGUCCCAAGGCAGAAGAUAUUGAGGUGGAGCUCUCCCGCAUCACGAUACGCUCCGCUUUGGAAGCUCUGAAAAGAGCUAUCGAAGAUGAUUUGAAAUCUGUAGGGUUAGUAGGCAGUGGCGUCUUUUUGACUCGAAUUUCCCUGGAAUAUAACCGUCUGUUGGCAUGGGGAGGGAGCCUGGGCCUUAUCCCUAUUGCGCUGAAACAAAAGGACCUCGACAGCCAAGUUCACACGCAUACAUCGAACUUUUAUGCCACCCUUCAAUCUGCUUACAACGCAUUCACGGGUGGGCCGCAGUUCGAAAAGCCUGAAGACAACCAAGAUUUCAGGCUGAACACGAUACGACAAGCCAUCGACGAUCUCUUGAGGCCUUUAUCAGAGCAGACGAGACUCUCAAUCGAUCAGACAUUCUGUGUACUCACGGCGCACAGCCGAACAGCCAGAUCUCUGCAAGAAAUCGCAACUUCUGAUUUCGCUACGCAAGAGGUCAGCGAUGUUGGUGCUGUCGCCGCCAUGAAAUACAUGUCUCUACUCUUGCAAAGACAGGAGAAUACUUCAUUCGACAGUCCCCGUUUGCAAUCGUCCUUAUUGCGGAAAGACCCCAAACCCACAGACUUAAGCUUCCGUCCCGAAAUCUUCUACUACACCUAUGGGCACCAAGAGGGUGAAGAGUGGAAAACUCUCGUCGAGAACAUUCCCUACUGGGUGAAGAAGAUUCCAGACAGCCGCAGUCCAGAGUUCCACAAAGCCAUCGAAUCCAUGUUCCGUCGCGUUUCCGAUCUCGUGGCAGUGCUGAGAACACACCCGAGGCCAUCCGGACUUCGGGUGCUCGAUUGCCUAGGGUCCUGUCACGAUGCCAACAAAAAGCGCUUCCAACUGGUUUUUGCAUUCCCUGGGAGCGAGACUCUGCCCCUCCGGCUAAAUAAACUCUUCCAGCACGGCAGCUCGCGUCUUUUGGCCGCAGGGUUAGGAACGAAGUUGACGCUAGCGAAAACGCUGGUGGCAUGCGUCCAGAACAUCCACACGAUGGGUUGGGUGCAUAAGAGCAUCUCGUCCCUGAAUGUUUUACUCUUUCCAGCCGCUGAAGGUCGUUGGGAAACUAUCGAUUUCAGCGCCCCUUAUCUCGUCGGGUUCGACUACAGCCGCAAGAGCAGAGGGGGCGAGUAUACCCAAGGUCCUGUCCUGAACGACUCAUUUCUCGAAUACUUACACCCAGACUAUCGACUCAAGCGCUCUAUUGCAAAGCGAGCGCACGACUACUACUCUGUGGGUCUCCUGCUACUGGAGAUUGGCCUGUGGUAUUCACUCAGCAACAUCUAUGACAAUAAGCAGUUUAGCCAACAUUCGCCUGACGAGCUGCGAAAAGAAUAUAUUGGGCUGUGCAAUCGCAGUCUUGUAGACGCGAUGGGAAAACACUACCAACAAGCGGUUUUGAAAUGCCUACAUUUUGAGUCUUCCGAGACGGAUGACAGCGAGGGAGAUGUAGAAGUCGAGCAAGUCCAACGCGACCAGCUGGACUUUCAAAAGGACGUUGCGGACCCAUUAAACAAGUGCUUUGAGUGUUGCGAGGCUCUCGGACUCAAGAUUUGA